AAGCGGCAAGUGGCGGUUUAUACUAUUGCUGACCCAACGUCGGAGGUCAAGGCGAUAAAGAUCAUCAUGCAUGAAUUUUGGACCCGCAGCGCAGGCGAUAACAUAUUUCCUUAUUUUUGUCAGUCAACAUAUUUGCAGAGUCUAAAAUAGACCUAGCUACUCCCAUUCGAGUUGGGUGAACAUUAUAACUGUUUGUAUCGCUGCCAUAAAAGUUGUCGAAGUGACUCUGUCGAAUCUGAUUUGAAAACCAUAAUUCUACGAGCUCUUACAGUUGUCAACGGAGAGUGAAUAGUAAUUUUGUGAGUGACUGUAAGUUGAAUGUACCAGCCAAAUUUGUGGAGGGAAACAUCAUGGCUCAAAGCAUCGUUCUGAUCACCGGUUGCUCGUCAGGAAUCGGGCUGGCAACUGCCGUUCGUUUGGCUAAGGACCCCGAACAGAGAUACAAGGUUUACGCGACUAUGAGAAACCUUGGUAAGAAAGAACGGCUAGAGACAGCAGCGGGAGACGCACUGGACAAAACGCUGUUCGUGCGGCCGCUGGACGUCACCAAAGAUGACACCAUCAAAGCGCUCGUGGGCGACAUCGUGCGCGAAGACGGAAAGAUUGAUAUACUAGUCAACAAUGCUGGUUCGUAUGGUUUGGACGGCAUCACUCACAAGUCACUGGAGUGGUGUCAGGAGAUGAUGGACACCAAUUUCUGGGGCGCGGUCCGUCUCACGCGGGCCGUACUGCCCACGAUGCAGGAGCAUCGCUCCGGUAGAAUCAUCAACAUCAGCAGCAAUGCCGGAAUAAAUGCUAUGCCCUUCUUCAGCAUUUACUCGGCCUCUAAGUUCGCCCUGGAGGGCUAUACGGAGUCGAUAGCACCGGUACUACGAGAUGCAUUCAACAUAAGGGUGAUCUUGGUCCAACCCAGCGGCGUGGCCACCGACCUCAUCGCCAACUUCUACAAAGUCUCCUUCGACGAGCAAGCCAAGGACUUCGGCGAGGUCCUCAAGCCCAUGUACGUGAGCAUGAUGAACGGCAUGGCGGCCAAGUCGGCCGAGACCGGCCCGAUGCAGAAGGGGGAAGACCUGGCCCAACUGAUCCAGGAGGUGGCGGAGACGGAGAAUCCGCAUCUCCGGUACCAGGCCAACGACGCCGUCAGGCAGCUGGCCGGCUGGAAGUGGACGGACCCAACGGGGGAUAGUUAUCUACAAUCGCUCAAAUGAACAGUCUACUAAAGUGUCCACUCAUUACGAACAACUUCGUUUCAAUGCUGUCAUAAUAAUGUACAAUACUAUUAUCGAGAUAAUGUUAAGUACAUGCACUAAGCAGAUAUUCAACAAGAUCCAAAUGAUAUAUGUACAUGUAAAAUGGAUUUUUAGGUUUAAUUUGAAGCGUAUUGCUUUUGUACCUCAAACUAUACUACAGAAUAACAUGAAUUAUAUGACGUACACAGAGACACAGACACAAUUUUAAGACAAGAAAAUGAUAAUUUGAAGUUAUAAACUCAACUAAGAAAUAUGAUUUAAAAAGUCGAUAUGUUAGAUUUUUUGGCACAAAAUUGAGAAGAAAGUACACGCGAACACGCCACUUCUUAAUGUGAUAUCUUCUUUAAUGUAUAUUUCAAAUUCUGAAACACACAUUAAAGAAAAAAAUCAGUAGCAUAAAUAUUCUAAAAAUUUGGUUUGCUUUACUACUGGAAAAAUGGAGCACAAUUUAAUGAGCAUUUCCAUUCGAACAUUUGUUUUAGGGCGUUAUCUAUUUCUGGGGGCUGAUAUCUUUGUGUGUUUUUCUUCUUGUUAAUAUUGUUUCGAAUUAAAAUACUGAUCGCUCCCCA